AUGGCGACCCCGCAAGAACUUGUCCCGCAAACAGAAUCGAUCGCGGAGGUCUACGCCACCGACGAUGCCUCCGUGAACACCGCGGCUGCAGAGCACCAGCAGCGCUUUACCAACCUGGUUUCGCAAUUCAACAAGGAAUACAGCCAUCGUCCAGACUUUGUUGCGCGCAGCCCUGGGCGUGUGAACAUUAUUGGCGAGCACAUCGACUACUCUCUUUACGAUAUCGUCCCCGCUGGUGCCGCCGAGUCCACAGUCAAGAUUGCCAACGUCUCACCGGAGAAAUUCCCCACACGCGAAUUCAGUGUGCCUCACAAGACCGAUAUCGAGAUCGACCCGAAGAAGCACGAAUGGAUCAAUUACUUCAAGGCCGGUCUGUUAGGUGCCUUGAAGUUCCUGCGCAAGGAGCGUCCAGAUGGCAUUGCACCCGUCAGCAUGGAAAUCCUCGUUGACGGUAACGUACCCCCAGGCGGUGGUAUCUCAAGCAGUGCUGCCUUCGUCUGUGCCAGUGCGCUUGCCGUCAUGAAGGCCAACAACCACAAUGUGUCAAAGCAGGAUCUGCUCGACCUGGCUGUCGUAUCAGAACGGGCAGUCGGCGUCUACUCGGGCGGCAUGGACCAAGCCGCCUCAAUCUUCUCCAAGCGCGGCUUCCUGCUCUAUACCCAAUUCUUCCCUGCCUUCGCAGUGGAACACGUUGCAAUUCCCAAGGCCGCCGACGAAAUUACCUUCCUCAUGGCCCAGAGUUUCGUGACCUCCAACAAGGCCGACACCGCCCCUCGACACUACAAUCUGCGCGUCGCAGAGUGCACUCUCGCCGCCGCAAUCCUGGCCAAGAAUUACGACCUCACCCUCCCCAAGGACAACAGCUCCCUGGGCUACAGCUUGCGCAACUUCCAGAACCAGCUGAUGACCAAGGAAGGCCGCCUCGGCGACCCACUCAAGUACCAGAUUGACUCCGUCAUCCAAGCCACUCAAGACCUCUUUACCAAAGAAGAGGGCUACACCCGUGAAGAGAUGGCCGCCCUCCUCGGAACCAGCGUGGCUGACUUGGAAACGGAAUUCCUCUCCUCAUUCCCGGUUCAAGCAGACCGCUUCAAGCUGCGCCAGCGAGCUCUGCACUGCUUCAAGGAGGCGCGCCGCGUGCUCGACUUCAAGGCCUGCUUAGCCAAGGCCUCACAGUUGGACGAGAAACGUAUCCACUACCUCGGCCAGCUUCUGAACGAGUCGCAGGAGUCGUGCCGCGAUUCCUACGAGUGCAGUGCUCCCGAGGUCGAUGAGAUCUGCGCUAUUGCUCGCAAGGCUGGUACUUGGGGUAGUCGGUUGACUGGUGCUGGGUGGGGUGGCUGUACUGUGCACAUGCUGCCUCAGGGUAAGGUGGAGGCUGUUACCACUGCAUUGCGAAAUGAGUAUUACCUUAAACACUUCCCUGAUAUCACUGCGGAGAAGCUGCAGGAAGCUAUGGUUAUCAGCAAGCCUUCCAACGGCUCUUUUGUGGUUACCGGUGCUGCGAUUGACCAGGUUGCUCUAUGA